AUGGCAACGUUCAAGCUAGUCUGCGCCGGAGGGGCCAACCCGGCCGAUGUCCUGCCCGCUACUCUGAUUGCUACUUCCGUCAACCAAGCCCGCCCAAGUCCGGUGGUGGAAAUCACUUAUGAGAAUGGCCCUAAACUGCCUGGUGGUGAUGUGAUUGAGUUCACCGGACAAAGUAGACAGACAGCUUCGGGCCUUGAUGCUGUUAUCAAGGAGCUUCGCACCACUUUUCCCUUCCUCAAAGGCAAGAAUACCGCUCAGGAAGAAGAAUGGCUGUCCCGAGUACAUGAAUACACCCCCCUCGAUUUCAAGGCGGUCGAAGGUCCUUUGCAGCGCCUGGACUCUUACCUGGUUCUCCGUUCGUUCUUGGUCGGCUACUCCCUGUCUGCGCCCGAUAUCGCCAUUUGGGGUGCGCUCCGCGGAAACCGUGUCGUUGUAUCUGCCAUCCGGAAGGGAACACUCGUCAACCUUACUCGUUGGUUCCGCUUUUUGGAAGAGCUCUGCACGUGGACUACUGGUGCGGUUGAUGAUAUCAAUGCGGCAGCAAGGGCAAAGAAAGCGGCCAAGUCCAAGGCCGGUGCUAGCUACGAUAUUGCUCUGCUGAAUACCGACCAGGGUGUCGUAACCCGCUUCCCGCCAGAGCCGUCCGGGUAUCUACACAUUGGACACGCCAAGGCAGCGCUAUUGAACGACUACUUUGCACAUGAGAAGUACAAUGGCACUCUUCUUUUGCGACUCGAUGACACGAAUCCCAGCAAGGAGAAUAUGGAAGAAUUCCACGAUGCUAUUUUGGAAGAUUUGGCUUUAAUGGGUAUUAAGCCUGACAGACUUUCUCAUUCGUCGGAUUAUUUUCAGAUGAUCCACGAUUACUGCAUUCAGAUGAUCAAAGACGGGAAUGCGUAUGCCGAUGACACCGACAAGGACACUAUGGCGCACGAGCGUAUGGAAGGAAUCCCUAGUAAGCGCCGCAAUGAUUCCGUUGAGGAGAAUCUGGCACAUUUCGAAGAAAUGAAGAGUGGCUCUGAGGAGGGCCAAAAAUGGUGUAUCCGUGCCAAGAUCUCACCAGACAAUAAAAACAAGGCCAUGAGAGACCCUGUCAUCUACAGAUGCCAACAAGCCCCGCACCCUAGAACUGGUACUACAUGGAAGGUCUACCCAACUUACGACUUCACCUGCCCUAUCUUGGAUUCGGUGGAGGGAGUAUCUCAUGCCCUCAGAACCAUUGAGUACCGUGACAGAAACCCACAGUACGAGUGGAUGCUGGAUGCCUUGAAACUUCGCAAGGUCCAGAUCUGGGAUUUUGCCCGCAUGAACUUCGUCCGUACCCUGUUGUCAAAGAGAAAGCUUACCAAAUUGGUCGACAGCGGCUCUGUCUGGGGAUGGGACGACCCCCGUUUCCCCACGAUCAGGGGUAUCCGACGACGCGGUAUGACUAUUCCUGCCCUCAGGGAGUUUAUCCUGAAGCAGGGCCCUAGUCGCAAUAUUAUCAACCUCGACUGGAGUAUUUUCUGGGCUACGAAUAAAAAGCACAUCGAUCCUGUAGCACCGCGUUUCACAGCAAUCUCUAAAGAGGGUGUGGUCAAGGCAACGGUCAAAGGUGCUCCUGCUACUUUCGUCGAAGACAAACCUAAACAUAACAAAAACCCGGAAGUUGGUACGAAGAAGGUUGCCUUCAGUGACUCCAUCAUUUUGGAGCAGGAAGACGCCAAGAGCUUCAAGCAAGAUGAGGAAAUCACCCUUAUGGGCUGGGGUAACGCCAUUGUUCGCAAGAUUGAAACAUCGGGUGACGUCGUGACACAUCUCGAUCUAGAGCUUCACUUGGAGGGAGACUUCAAAAAGACGGACAAGAAGGUUACAUGGUUGUCUAGCGAGGGCCAGCAGCUGAUCCCGGUCGAGCUUGUUGGCUUCGACCAUCUCCUUACAAAGGAUUCCCUGCAGGAAGAGGACAACUUUGAGGAUUUCCUCAACCCGAAGACCGAAUGGCGCGAAGACGCCUUUGCGGAUGAAAACAUCACAGAAUUGAAACAAGGUGACAUCAUCCAGUUUGAGCGAAAGACCUUCUACCGACUCGACCGCCCAUUUGCCGCAGACGGCAAGCCAGCUGUCUUCUUUGAAAUCCCGACCGGAAAGGGUGGGAAGUAA